AUGGAACGAACUACGAACAAUUUUAUCGUCUGUAUUUUCCUUGUUUUUGCAGUCAAUUCAGUUUGGACCUUUACUAGUUUGAAGCCGCUGAAACAUCUUCCUUACAAAUGGUUGCCUGGAUUGAACCUGUCUUAUUGCGAAUAUGAAGGAAUAAAACUAAUGACCGGGAGCAAUUUCAUUGAUAUCGAUAAAUGCAUCAGCUGUUCCUGUAUCACAAAUUUGGGCUUAAGUUGUUAUGGAAUUGGUGCAAGUGCAGGAGUAAUUCAAUUCGAUGACUGUGUAGCAGUAUCCGACAAUUUCCUACAAUUUCACAGAACAAUAACGAUGAAGACUGUGGUCGUCUGCGUACUUCUAGCCUUUGUGGUUGCCUGCGCUACUGCCAUGUGCAUAAAGGGCAACAUGAAAAGAGUUCCUUAUAAAUGGUCGAAGGGCGAACUGUUGUAUUGUGAAUACAAGGAAAUGAAAUUCAAGGUGGGAAGUAAGUUCACUGAUGUCGAUGCCUGCAUGCGUUGUUCCUGCGACGAGAACGGAUUAGAUUGUUGUGGAAUUGGUUAUUAUGCUGGUGUCAUGAGUAUCGAAGGCUGCGAAAUUGUUCCGGAUCACUGCAAAAUUGCAAUUUUGAACAAGAAUAAAACUGCUUUGUGCCAUUAG